GUGUUGUGUUUACGUUCAACGCACGGUGCGUUGUUUACGUUCGGCGAAGGCGCGCGCGAACGACGACGCGAUUCGCUGGCACGCUACGUGCCGGAGCAUACGUUCGAGAAGAAGCACGCCACAAAAAGUGGCCGCGAGUGCGCGAAGGACGGCGGAAUUUCGGAGAAAAGGGUGCUUUUCGGCGCGCAUCGUGAUUCUCCGGGAUCGUUCGUUUCCGUGAUCUCGCGAUCGCUCACGAACAAAGACGAGCGCCACCGAGCGCGUCGCCGAAGUAGCCUUGGGCGAGCGGCCCGCCGCGCCUCCUCGGCAGUUUUCGGUGAACGUCGUCGCGUCAUUUCGCGGAAGUUAGUUGACCCGACGCGCGCUAUACCACUCGACCGCAAACGCGACUCCGAUCGAACGCACGUGCGUGUGUGUUGGCCGUUGUACAUUUCGUCGUGAGCGCGCACGCGCGCGCUUCGCCGCGAUUUGCGCCGAAAUUUCGUGUGCUCGCGCGUGCACACGCCCGAGGUGUCGCGCUCACGCGCGCGUGUGUGAGAGAGAGAGAGAAAGAGAGAAGUGCGUGUGAAUGCAUCAGUGAUACCGAAGGUGCGACGCUCUCGAGACCACGUGACGUCCCGCUAGAACAUCUCUUUAACGGAACUUGGAUACGCGCGAUAUCGCCGUCUCUGUCGAGGCAAGCAUUGGAGAGCCAAGAUAGAAUUCCGAAAAUUCCCCAGGACGAGGCCGGCCUUCGUCUCGCGGUCGGCGGAUCGUUGCCGCGGCACGUUGCUGAACACCGCGACGGGAUGCGCGCGUACGAGCCGGCGACCUUCGGAAAACGAUGCGGAUGACAAAAAGUCCCGGCGAUAUCGCGUGGUCGUUUCGCUCGCUGCGGUGACGUUCCCGGCGGUUCCCGCGGAGAACUGCGCCGUAUUCGCGCCGUGUACGUGCCGCCACGAGUGUUGCGGGGAGCCCCGCGUGUGAGUAAUAAUAAUAGCAGUGUGCGAAAAUCGACGGGCCUCUUUUAUCACGGAGUAUCAUCGACACCCGCGGCAGCAUGGAUUACCGGCUCCUGUCGAACAACAACAACAACAACAACAACAAUAACAACAAUUAUCCCACGCACCACCAUUGGUUCCCGAAGAUGUGCUCCUGCAUCGACGGCAGCUCCACGCUGCCGGGCAAUCGACCUUCCGGUCGGGUCGGAAGCUACGAACGACUCGGUUCCGGUCCCACGAUCUUCGAGCUUAGCAGCACGAUGCAGAGGACUCGAAGAAGAAACCGGCAUCGCGACCAGGACAUGCUGGAUAGCGAAAGACAGGAAGAACUGCGCUUCUACAACGGUGAUCAUACCUGGACCACCGUGGUUGUGGAAAAAAAUCUGCGGACGAUCGACUUGUGCGAGCUGCUCAAAGUCAAGAGGAACGCGAUUGGCGCCGCCUGGUCGAUAAUCGAGACAUGGCCGGACCUGGGAAUCGAACGCACGUUAGAAGACCACGAAGACAUCCUCGCAGUUCACAGAGAACUGGAAAUGUUCGCCUCAGGCCACGAGAGGCGGUUCUACUUCAGCGAGGACUUCUUGAAGUACGAACUAUUCGUCAAUCCUAAGCAAUUCUUCCCCGCCGACAUGGUCGCGUUUCCCAGCGGCGAAGACAGGGGCAUCUUCAGCAACGUGGAGGCUGCGCUAAGGAAUUAUCUGUCGCGCGAGGACGGCGAGUGCCCGCAGGUCUUCAGCCUGGUGUGGAUGCGGCACGAGGGCUCCAGCACCUGGAAGAAGACGUACAUGUUGCUGCAAGGCCGGAAGCUCUACACGUCGAAAAAGGCCACCGCCACGCCGCCGAAGCGACCAUCGGACAACGAGCAGCUAAUCCCGCUCGUACACUUGACGGACUACAACGUCUACAGGAUUCCGAACGCGAAGCGGUGUUUCGGCGCUCCCUUCGUGUGGGGCGCCUGCCUGAGGCCGAACAGCAACGCCGAGGCCGAAGACACGGAGGCUGGGGAGCCCGGGCUCAAGGUCAUCGCUUUCGACAGCGAGAAAUCGCGCGCGUGCUGGCUCACAGCCAUGAGGCUCGCUAAGUACGGCAAACAGCUCCGCGAGAAUUACCGAGCCUUCAAGAACAAGCAGUGCGAGCAGAACAGCAGCGGCAGCCCGAAAGAACAAUACAGCAGCUACAAUGUGUCCAACGAGUCUGUGCGAUCACGCGUGGCGAUGGACUUCACCGGUAGUGUGGGCAGGAUAGUCGAGGAUCCGAAGGAAGCCAAGGACAUAGCCGAGAACGAGGGCAUAAUCUGGCGACGGAGAUGGCGGCCGUUCUCGCGAACACCACCGGGUUGCGCUAUGGUGAGAUUGCACGGCCUCGACGGCGGUAUACACGUUCUUCAGCCUUGGUUCCAUGGCGGCCUCAAGAGAGAGAUCGCGGCGGCUAUAAUAAGGGAUCACGGCUCCGUCGACGGCGUGUUCCUGGUCAGGGAGAGCAAGAGCAAUCCGGGAGCCUACGUGCUGACCUACAAGUACAGCGACAAGGUCUUUCAUGCGCAAAUCCAGCCGGUCUUCGACGAGCGCCGCAAUUGCUGGCUGUACACCCUGGACAAAGGGGCGACCAAGUUCUACGAUCUGCUGCAGCUGAUCGAGUUUUACCAGCUGAACGCGGGCUCGCUGCCCACUCGAUUGACUCACUACGUGCAGAACGGGGUGCCGCCGCCGUUGCCCAGGCCUGAGGACGGCGGCGCGUCUCCUUCGCCGCCCGAGGGCAGCCAGCGAUUCAGCGACAAGGCCGAGUGCGGCAAUCCAGCGAGCAUUUGAGUAUAGGACAGUCGGCGACCCGCUGGUGUUGUCGACGACGAUCGCCUGCUCACCGCUCCCACCACCACCGCCCCCCUCACCAUCACGGACAACGUGGUGUUGGUGCACCAUCGCGCCAGCAGCAACCGCCUGGGCAACCACGGCGACGACGGUAACGACGACGACGACGGUGGCGGCGACGGGAACGGGAACGGCGGCGACGUCCGCGCGACACGAUCGGGUUGCUGGAGCCUGUGUCUCUGCAGUUACAACAAGUGGGAUUUGUAGCGCGCGAUCAGCGGCCGGACUGCCGGUGCUCCUCGGCGGUGCUCAAGCGCGCGAACCAGCAGGACAAGAAGAGCCGGAAGUAGACGGGGAAGCAGGAGCGGAAAGAGUAGAAGAAUAAGAAGAAGAAGAAGAAGAAGAAGAAGAAGAAGAAGAAGAAAAAGAAGACGCGAGCGAAGAAGCAGAGAGAACGAAGACGAGAGCGUCGAGCUUGAGCGUCCAACCGUCGAGACGUCCUCGGAUCGCGGUUCUUUCUAUGCGGAGCGACUUGUGUGUUGUAUGACGUCACUGGGUCGGCUGACCCGUGCAACAGAACGACCAAUUUGGGCGCGAGGCACGCGAUCGGAAGUAGAAUCGCCGGGAGAAGAACCGCAGGAUCGCUGUCGUACGAAAUCAUUCGUUUUUUUUCACCGCCAACACCAUCACCACCGCCAUCGCCACUACCACCAUCACCAUCACCACUACUACCACCACCACCACCACCAUGCCAUCCUUGAUUUCUCACAUUCGUUCCGUUGUCGUUCCGCGCAACGCGCGGUCAGGUGUCGACCGAGAGAGCAGCGCGGCUGUAUGCCCGCCGACAGCGAUCCUCACGCGGAAACGGAAACCUCUUCGAUGUUUUUAAUCGUACGUUAUUGUAUUAGUCGUGUAAGGAUCGUCCCACGAGACGAUCGUUGGUCCAUCUUGUCGUCUAGACGCACCUUCCCCGGCUCCCUUCUUCAUCCGUAAGAUACCCAUACACACGCACACACAUACACACACACACACACCAUGUACACGCCGGUUUCUCAACGACAAGUGCGUCUAGACGGUCGAAGGUAUCGUGUAAUCUGUUUUUCUUUUGUUCUUUCCAUUUUUUCUACAUGUCCACGUCCGAUGUGUGUCCAUCGUGCGUGUGCAACAACUAGAUUUAUCGUAACCUCGCGACGACGUCGUCGCCGUCGUCGUCGUCGUCGUCAACGCCGUCGCCAGGUUAUUUCGCAAAGAGAGGAAGGGAAAAAGAGCGCGAUUACGCGCGCGUAUAUGAAUGAUGCGUGUUGUGCGUGUCGUGUGUGCAUGUGAGAUUGCGAGAGCGGAUGAGAGAGGGAAGUAUCGUCGCGUGAGGUACGAUAUAGUUCGCGCUACAUGCGCCAGCAAUACCCGAGGAACACGAACACAAAGUUCAGAGUCUUUUUGCGUGUGUGAGAAAGAACGAGAGAAGGAGAUAAAGAGAGCGAGUGUAUGAGUGAGAAAGAGUGAAAGAGGAAGGUCGAACGAAAGAGAGAAAGAAAAGAGAAGGUGUGUGCGAGUAGGAUUAAUUAGGCGCGUGAUUUCCCUCUCCCCUACUCUCUCCUAUUUUUUCUUCAUCGUUUUUCCCCCCUUUUGGCGCGCGUCGCAUCUCCCAAGCAUCUCUUCUUCCGUUCAGUUGUUUCUCCGAAGAGAAUGCGCGACAGGGUGAACUGCGCCGCUAGCUACCACGACUUUGUUUCCCGACGACGAUGACGACGAGCUUAAAAGAAGAAGGUGAAUCGGCCAAGUCGAGAGAGGGAGAGAGUGAGAAAGUGUGAGAGAAUGAGAGGAAGAGAGUGAGAGAGAGAGAGAGAGAGAGAGAGAGAGAGAGAGAGAGAGCAAGUGAGAGAGAGAGAGAGAGAGAGAGAGAGAGGGAGGGAGGGAAGAAGAAAAAGAGUUUGUACCGAAGCGUCCGUGUUCCGUUUAUUAGCCGUAAGCUUUGUCCAGCAAAAAGAUCGAGAUCGUUCUUGAGGGAGACGAACGGUCCGAGUAAUGUUCAGGUUCGUGAUUCAUUCCCAAGGUCCAGCGUGUUCAAAAUUUAAGCGAGGCAGCUUCAUCGACGGGGCACGAGGAGAAGGGAAAUAGCACAGAUUUUUUUU